CUCUCUAUAUCAUACACCAAGAACAGAGGAGAUGUAGGAGGAAAAACCAUACAAAUACCCUGAGAAAAACAAACCAUUGCUGGACCUCCUGUCAACAUUUCUCAGAGGGUCCCCACGACUUCUUUUCUCUCUCUCUGUAUAUAAACACACACACAAACACAAACACACACGCGUGUACAGGAAAAGUGAAGGAGAGGAAAAUGGCAGGAGGGCAGUCAAGGAAAUGGAUGAUAUUGGUGGCAAGUACAUGGAUACAGGCGUUUACAGGGACCAACUUUGACUUCUCGGCGUACUCGUCGGAGUUGAAAUCGGUGUUGGGUAUAUCUCAGGUGCAGCUCAACUACCUGGCCGUGGCGUCGGAUAUGGGUAAGGCUUUUGGGUGGUGUUCAGGGGUCUCUCUGCUCUAUCUUCCUCUGCUGGUUGUUCUGUUCAUGGCAGCUCUCAUGGGUUUUUGUGGUUAUGGUCUUCAGUGGUUUGUCAUUCAUAGAAUCAUCACCUUGCCUUAUUACAUGGUAUUUUUUCUGUGUUUGUUGGCUGGUUGUAGCAUCUGCUGGUUCAACACGGUAUGUUACGUUUUAUGCAUCAAAAACUUCCCAGCAAAUCGGCCACUGGCAUUGUCACUCAGCAUCAGUUUCAAUGGCGUAAGUGCAGCAUUAUACACACUCAUUGCCAAUGCCAUAAACUCCACCAAUUACACCCUGUAUCUUCUUCUAAAUGGCCUCGUCCCCCUUAUCACAUCAGUGGUGGCCUUAGUCCCGAUCCUCGGCCAACCCAAACUACAAGUCCUUCCAGCUGAUACUGUUCGUCAUGACACUGUCAUAUUCCUCUUUCUCAAUGUCAUAGCUGUAUUUACAGGUCUAUAUCUCCUCCUCCUCGAUUCAGUAUCAUCCAAUGCAUCAAUAGCGCGCAUUCUCUUAGCUGGAGCCAUAAUUCUACUAGUUCUCCCCUUGGUUACGCCUGGCAUUGUCUGUGCCCGGGAAUGGGCAUUUCGAACCAUUUACUCAAAAUUUUGCCUUGACGACGGCAUUUUCAAAUUAGUUGACGUUGAUGAUCUUGAGAUACAUAAAGAACUUAUCGGAAAUGAGACUUCAAUCACAGAAGGUAUCUUGAAUGGUAAUUCAAACAGUUCAAGAGAGGAGGAAGGGUGUUUUCACGCAUUGUUAGGGAAGAAUCAGUUGGCAGUGCUCGGAGAGGAACACACAGCUCGGAUGCUUGUGCGUCGCUGGGAUUUCUGGCUCUAUUACAUUGCAUAUUUCUGUGGGGGAACAAUUGGGCUGGUUUAUAGUAAUAAUCUAGGGCAGAUUUCAGAAUCUCUUGGAUACGGUACACGGACUAGCACGAUUGUUACACUCUACUCAGCAUGCUCCUUUUUUGGUCGUUUGUUUUCGUCUGCCCCAGUCUUCCUACAAGACAAGCUGUACUUUGCGAGGACUGGGUGGUUUGCCAUUGCACUUGUACCGAUGCCAAUCGCCUUCCUUUGGCUUGCUUUAUCAGGCAGUGAGACAGCACUAACUGCUGGCACAAGCUUGAUUGGACUUAGCUCCGGGUUCUUGUUUUCAGCAGCUGUGUCAAUCACAUCGGAGCUAUUCGGACCAAACAGUGCCGGGGUCAACCACAACAUACUCAUAACCAACAUUCCGCUCGGCUCACUCCUCUACGGUCUUAUGGCAGCCAUAGUCUAUGAUGGGAACGCAAAAAGCUCAAACCAAGUGGCUUUAACGGAGGUCUCAAUUUGCAUGGGUAGGAAAUGUUACUUUGAGACAUUUGUGUGGUGGGGGUGCUUCUCCUUGUUGGGCUUAGCUUCUAGCUUUUUGCUUUUCCUAAGAACAAAGGGUGCCUAUGACCGGUCCGAGAGGAACCGGAAUCGGAUGCAAUUCUCUGAGUAGAUGACCUCGAUCCAUCUUGAUGGGAACUAAAUUUUGUAAUUAAGCUCAGUGAUGUAUUAGGAUUUCACUGAGAAACUAACAAGUCUCAAAAAUAGUUCAUAUAGUUAGAUGAAGGAGAUACUUAUCAAAAAAAAAAAAAAAUAGUUAGAUGAAGGAGACACAUACUAAUUGUUAUAUACUAAAGAAGUUGAGAGAAUAAGGCAUCAGCUUAACUUCUUGGCAAAGUUCUUAGGUAGUUGUCCUAAAGUUGGAAUCAAAUCCCUCAAUUUAAGCAAGUAUUUAUAGAGGAGAAAGAAUAAUAUUUAGUGUGUCUUUGGCUGCA